AUGAUCACCGGCAUCGCGCACAUCAAUGUCCUCGUCCCGCAGGAGUCCCUCGACCACGCAGAGGCCUUCUACGGGGGAACCCUCGGCCUCAGUUCUGCGCCGGUACCGCACCUCCAAAAAGGGACAAUCCUAUGGUUCAACAUCGGCGAUUCGGGGCAGCAAGUGCACGUGGCGCCGGGGAUCAACGAGACAAAGACUUCUAACCGCCACCCGUGCUUCAAGCUGCAGUCACAGGAGAAGCUGCUUGAGCUGCAACAGCGGAUAUGGGACCACCAUGUGGCAGGGGGUGAUGCUGCACCGUUAGAGGCUGAUAGCCCGGGCGAGAACUCGGGGACAAAGGGCGUCGAGUAUCCCAGUCGGUUCUUUGCGAGGGACUUUGCGGGGAAUCGGUUGGAGUUUAGUUUGUGA